AGACUCGUGAUCCUUCCGCCGCUUCCCUUCUUCAUUGACUCGGAAAAAAAAUCCCCGAGGAAAAUAUAAUAUUCAAAGUACUUAUUUUCAAUCAAGUAUUUGCCCCCGUUUCACGUGAUAUAUAUUUUUUAGGACCUCCCCACCCAUUUCUCCCCUCCAAGGAAAGGGAGAGGAAAGAAUUGUAUUUUUUCCCAGCCCCCAAUCAUCUAUAUGUUAAAUAUCCGUACUGAUCUGUCUUCAAGGAGAAAUACAUCGCUCGCCUUUUUUUAUAGCUAUACAAAAGGACUGAAAAGCCAAGAGGACGAAAUCUUUUUCUUUUUCCUGUGGAAGAACUUAAUGCUGCGUUUAUCACUAACCUAACACCCCAACAUAAAACAAAAGGAAGAAAAGGAGGGAGGAAGGAAAAGAAGGUGAUUCGGGAAGAGAGUGAUCAUGUCAGGGCGGCCCAGAACCACCUCCUUUGCGGAGAGCUGCAAGCCAGUGCAGCAGCCUUCAGCUUUUGGCAGCAUGAAAGUUAGCAGAGACAAGGAUGGCAGCAAGGUGACCACAGUGGUGGCAACUCCUGGGCAGGGUCCAGAUAGGCCACAAGAAGUCAGCUAUACAGAUACUAAAGUGAUUGGAAAUGGAUCAUUUGGUGUGGUAUAUCAAGCCAAACUUUGUGAUUCAGGAGAACUGGUGGCCAUCAAAAAGGUAUUGCAGGAUAAGAGAUUUAAGAACCGAGAGCUCCAAAUCAUGAGAAAGCUAGAUCACUGUAACAUAGUCCGGUUGCGUUAUUUCUUCUACUCAAGUGGUGAAAAGAAAGAUGAAGUCUAUCUUAAUCUGGUGCUGGACUAUGUUCCGGAAACAGUAUACAGAGUUGCCAGACAUUAUAGUCGAGCCAAACAGACGCUCCCUGUGAUCUAUGUCAAGUUGUAUAUGUAUCAACUGUUUCGAAGUUUAGCCUAUAUCCAUUCCUUUGGAAUCUGCCAUCGGGAUAUUAAACCACAGAACCUCUUGUUGGAUCCUGAUACAGCUGUCUUAAAACUUUGUGACUUUGGAAGUGCAAAGCAGCUGGUCCGAGGAGAACCCAAUGUUUCGUAUAUCUGUUCUCGGUACUAUAGGGCACCAGAGUUGAUCUUUGGAGCCACUGAUUAUACCUCUAGUAUAGAUGUAUGGUCUGCAGGCUGCGUGUUAGCUGAGCUGUUGCUAGGACAACCGAUAUUUCCAGGGGACAGUGGUGUGGAUCAAUUGGUGGAAAUAAUCAAGGUCCUGGGGACACCAACAAGGGAGCAAAUUAGAGAAAUGAACCCAAACUACACAGAAUUCAAAUUCCCUCAAAUUAAGGCACAUCCUUGGACUAAGGAUUCGUCAGGAACAGGACAUUUCACCUCAGGAGUGCGGGUCUUCCGGCCCCGAACUCCACCGGAGGCAAUUGCACUGUGUAGCCGUCUGCUGGAGUAUACACCAACUGCCCGAUUGACACCACUGGAAGCUUGUGCACAUUCAUUUUUUGAUGAAUUACGGGACCCAAAUGUCAAACUACCAAAUGGGCGAGACACACCUGCACUCUUCAACUUCACCACUCAAGAACUGUCAAGUAAUCCACCUCUAGCUACCAUCCUUAUUCCUCCUCAUGCACGGAUUCAAGCAGCUGCUUCAACCCCUUCAAAUGCCACAGCAGCCUCAGGUUGAAAACCCUUCUAACAGAAAAGGGAAUCAUGAUAAGAGUUGGACAAGAUGCAAAUGCUGGAGACCGUGGACAGACCAAUAAUGCCGCUUCCGCAUCAGCUUCCAACUCCACCUGAACAGUCCCGAGCAGCCAGCUGCACAGGAAAAACCACCAGUUACUUGAGUGUCGCUCAGCAACACUGGUCACGUUUGGAAAGAAAAUUAAAAAGAGAAAAAAAAAAAACCUGUUCAUUUUAGUGUUCAGUUUUUUUUAUUAUUAUUGUUGUUAUUAUUUAACCUUGUAAAAUAUCUAUAAAUACAAA